AGAUGACAAAACCGGUGUCUGCGCUCCGUGCGGUGAGGCGGGAGGGGAAAACAGGAAUCUCUCGCUCUCGGUGGAAUCCUCAGACUAGGUCUACAUCCGAGUCGGGGCAACUCUGAACAGGAGAGAACUUCCACCACUUCUUUCACUUCGACUUUUCCAUACAAUGUGAGGAAAUGGCCGAGCGAAGGAUUUUCAGGAUUUUGUCAUUUUGCAAUCGCAGAAAUGAAUGCAAGCUCCAGGAAACUCUGCAAUACUUGGAGGAGCUCGCAAUUUUUCUAAAUUACAGCAGAUUUUCUGCAGAUUCGGGCCAAGACGAGUCAUGCGACAUCCUCACAACACGCAUUCAGUCAAAGUCCUCUUUGAUUCAUAAUUCACAUCGGUGGAUCGUGACACGCAGUCCACAUGCGAGGUCUGACUGGGUGGAGAUUUUGGAGCCGCGCUCUCGUGAGCGCAUGUACGUGAACCUGGCGACGGGCGAGUGCGGCUGGGAGGCACCGCACGGUGCAAGCGUUCGACAGUCCGACGGUAACCAGUGGUGGGAGCUCUUUGACAAUAACAACAACCGUUUCUACUACUACAACUCCACUAGCCAGCAAACCGUAUGGCACCGGCCACAGGACUGCGACAUCGUACCGCUGGCCCAGCUCCAAGCCGUCAAGAAGAGCUCCGAGGCCGAGCUGAGGGGCCACGGGAAGACCGGGAGGAACACGCCUGUGGCUGCAGUGCUUUCACCCAGCGCAAACGCCUCUCAGGAGCUAGAGAGCAGCAGGGAGACGUCAUCGUUAAAGAGCAGAGGGGGCAGUUUGGAGAAGAGGAACGAGGGCAGCAGAGAGCCAAAUCCGAGAUGGCAGCCUGCUCCAGGCUCCAAGGCGGCCAUGUUGGUGAAAGUGAGCGGCAGUGGCAGGAACCAGCACAUCACCCCUGCUAGCCCCCGCUCCGUUCUUCAUUUGAACCUGUCCGGCAGCAACACCCCCUCUCCUAACCCCACAUACCCCAACAGGACUGCCUCCUUCGGAAAGAUGGACCCCAAACAGUCCUGUCAUCUCCUCAAGAAGGCCGACAGUGGCAACUUCAGCUUGGUGAUGCCCAGCUCUGGUGCCCCUUCAUCUACAAACGUUCUCCGCCCUUCUUCCCCUCAGUACGCAGCCACGCCCCCUGUGCCAAUCUACGAUGAGCCUCCAGCUUCGGAUCCACCCAUUUACGAUGAACCACCAGCUGACAUGGAGGUGGAAGGGGCCGACUACUUGACCCACGACCCCUAUAGACCGACGCACAGCAUGCCGCGAUUGGCUCCACCCCCUAAACUUCUCCAGUUCCCCCAAGCCAAGCACAAGCGUCAUCCCUCGGCUGGGGAGUACAGUGCGGCUGGGCGCGAAUGCAUCAAGCACAUGGUGAAUGUGGACCUCCAGCCAGGAGAGACCCCAAAAGAGGAGCUUUCCACGGAGAAGAAGCAGCCAUGGCACAGUCGUCAGAGCAGCCUGGCAUCUCAGGAGUACCCACCACCCUCCACUGUCACUUACCAGGACUCGGGCUACUCGACGGGGCCCUCGCCGAGUCUGCGCCGGAAGAACCGCAGAAGGGCAGUGCCAGGGCCUGGGGCGGGAAGUGGCAGCGAGCUCAAUGACAAGCUGAUGGCUGAGAUGAAGGUGGCUUUGAUGAGCUCAGAAGGUUCACUGAAGAGCAAGACACUGCCUGGACCAAUUUCAGGCUCAGGCAAGGAUGCAUUGGGCAGCGAGCAUUCCCUGUACAGCAGACACGGAGAUGCAGCGCUGACGUCUACCGAGGGGUUAGCAGGGGCACAGAAGAGGACAUACGAGAGGGUGGACUCACUGGAGAAGAGUGAAGCAUCUCACACUAGCCUGUCCUCUCCAGAGCCGCCUGCAUCACCCUCACAGGCAGGAACACUGGAAUCCAAAAGCCAGCCUGACCUCCGCUCCCAACACGGAAAAGACCACAGUGAUGUUGAUGUAACUCGUCACGGCACCACUUCUGUCUCCUCUCUGCCUACCCUAAAGGUGCAUACCCCCAGCCCUGGUCCCACCUACCAGUACCCCUACUCAACCCUAUGCAAACCCUCGAUUGAUGUGGAUAUGGAAGCAUGGGCUACCAAGAACCUGAACCAGCACACACGAGGUCUGCUGCGCCGACGCGUCUCCAUCGCCACCAUGUUGUCAUGGAGCAGUGCUUCCAUCAGGAAGCCUAUGCUGAUCACGAGCGACCGCGCCAUCAAAAAAGAAGCAUGUGACAUGUUCAAGCUGGUGCAAACGUACAUGGGUGAUCGGCAAGUGACACGCCUUGACCGGCGCCAUGUCGCCCUUCAUGUAGUGACCAAGUGCUGGAGCAUGCAGGGCCUGAGGGACGAGCUGUAUGUCCAGCUGAUCCGGCAGACCACGGACAACCUGAACCUCAGCAGCCUCUGUGCCGGCUGGGAGCUCAUGGCCAUCAGCCUGGCCUUCUUCUCUCCAUCACCCAAGUUCAGAUGCUAUCUUGAGGGUUACAUUCAGAGACACCUGGAGCCCAGUAAUGACAAGAAGAUAUUACAGAGGAUUGUGGAACAACAGGACAUAAAGAACAAGAAGAACUCGAAGUCCAGGAAGAAGAGGAAACAGAACAAUGAAGAAGAGGAAGAACAGGGUACAUGUCUGCCAAUCAGCACGUACGCCAAAUACUGCUACCGCAAGCUGCAGAAAGUUGCUGUGACUGGGGGUAAAAAGGGUCUGAGGAAACCUACCCUGGAUGAGAUUGAUCAUGGGAGGAACGCCAUAGUGACACCCUCGCUGUUCGGAAGUGCUCUGGAGGAGAUCAUGGAGAGGCAGAGCCAGUUGUUCCCUCACAGGAAUCUGCCCUGGGUGCAGGUGCAACUUUCUCAGUGUGUUCUGGCACUCGGUGGAGCCCAGACAGAGGGGAUUUUCAGAGUCCCAGGAGACAUAGAUGAAGUGAAUGCACUCAAAUUACAGGUGGACCAGUGGAAAAUUCCAGAAAACCUCUCGGACCCUAACGUCCCUGCAUCACUGUUGAAGCUGUGGUACAGGGAGUUAGAGGAGCCUGUGAUUCCACAGAGUUUCUAUAUGCAGUGCAUCAGUAACUAUGAGGACACUGAGGCAGCCAUCAGCGUAGUGCAAGCUUUACCUGAGCUUAACAGACUGGUACUGUGUUACUUCAUCCAUUUCCUUCAGGUUUUCGCACAGCCGGUGAAUGUAAGUAAGACUAAGAUGGAUGUAAACAAUCUGGCCAUGGUGAUGGCGCCCAACUGCCUGCGCUGCCAGUCAGAUGACCCGCGCAUCAUAUUCGAGAACACGCGCAAAGAAAUGUCCUUUCUCCGCAUCCUCAUCGUGCAUCUGGACACCAGCUUCAUCAAGGACCUUGUGUGACCUUUAAGCCGUGACAAUGUCCAUCCCCGCUCAUCCAUGUGGUCAUGCGUGUCUCUUUCUUUAUGGGAUUUAGAUCUAUGGCAUCGUUGCCUAUUAACGAUCAUGCCGUUCGGCCACGUCAGCGCUUUAUAACUCUGAGAACAAGAAUAAAAACGACAUGCUGAUGUCUUGAGGGAAGGGACGGAUAACCUUGUUUGCUUCUUAAACUUCUUAGCUAAAACCUCCAAAUAUGAAUCACCAGCAAUUGAUUCACUGAUUCACUGAAUACCAGCAUUCAACUGAGGUUUUCCGCCUGUUUGACCCGAAUUGACUCGGAAUCAGUUUGUGAGUGAAUCGUCACCAGAAAUGCAGAUGCCACUGUAAAGACUGAAUCAAUCUGCAGCAGUCAGACUGUUAACAUAUGAAACCAAAUGUGCAGGGAUCUACGGCUCUUUGUAUUAUUACUAAUAACUCUGUGCUUUCAAUAAGUUGGGUUUGGACACCAGUUUUUGGACGAUUAUCUUUUUCUUUUUCUCUCUCUCUCUCUCUCUCUCUCUCUCUCUCUCUCUCUCUGCUAGAUUAUCUGGGCAAUGAUCUGCAGUUCCUCAGUGGAUUUCUCUAAUUUAAUAUGGUUUGAGUGUGUUGGGUAUUUAAUGGAUACUAAUCUCUAUGCUACAGAGUGUAUGAGCCUCUCUUUGGUCUUAGAUGGAUCUGCAAACUCUAAAAAAUCAGACUCAUGCUGUGUGUGUGUGUGUGUGUGUGAGAUGGCUUUGUGAAAGGUCAUCCUUUUGUAAUCAAAAGCUCAAGGCAUGGAAGGUGCUUGAAAACAAUCUCUCCUUUAUCUCAUCUCCUUCUAAGAAACGAUGCGUUUGAUGUAGCGCAUGCUAUUUUUAUGCGUUACGCGUGUCAGCAGAAAGGCACGCAGGACUGUUCGUCGGAUCCGAGAUCGUACGGUUAGACACUAUACAGUAUUUAGCUCUGGAGCUUCGGAGACCAUUUACAGUAGUGAUUAAAGGCGACUGGACUUGUGUUGAAAUAUUUUCAUCGCUCAUUCGUGGGCUCUCAUCAGUUCUUAAACCCGCAAGAUUAAAACAUAACUCACUCCACAGAUGACGUGGACGACCGCAAAACCUCACAGACAUAUUUUUACUUUGUUAUUUUCCAUAAGACGCGGCAAUUUCAUUUCUCAGAUGUGUGGGUAAGGACAUAGCCGGGAACCAGGCUGUGGUAUAUUUAGCUCUGUGGUCAGACUUUGGGGUUUAGCACCCAGCAUGGGAGCGUUUUGGCUCUUGAUUUUGGAACGAGACUGUUUUUUGGUUUGUUUGUUUUUUUUUGACCACAUGUGUCUGCACACACAGCACACGCUGAUUUCACCCUGAUUGUUAAGAUGUAGGCCCCAAAGUAAAAUCAGGCAAAAACAGUCAGGCUUGAUUAAAUGCUUGUUAAAACCCCUUGCUGACAUUUCUGUCUGGGUCCUGCUGCUCCAUGCUUUACAGACCUCCCCAAUCAUUUCGUCCAUGACUGGGACUCCUUGUGCCAUAGCAGAUUGCACUUCAGUGCAUUUCUUCUCAUCGUCCCACGUCAGUCAACGCAAAACAAGCAACCCGGUUGGAAAAUACAGUAAUCCAGCUGUUUUUGUAGUCUCACUUCAGAUUCAUCAUGAAUCUUCUCACAUAACUAAACAGCUGGUCCAUGCAAAUGACCUUUCUCUGUUCUUCUGUAUAUAUGACUGUAUGUCUCACAUUAUAUGCUUACCUAAUUUAUCCCUUUUCAGUCAAACAAUGAGGCUAUACUAACUUUACAUCUUUUCAGUCAGUUCAGAGUUCUGUCAUACAUUGUUGGGUUUUUCUUUUUUCUUUUUUUUUUAUAUAUAAUCCUUUUGAUGAUUGUGUUGAAUAGGGAACAGAACUGUAGCAGAAAUACAGCCACACAUAUCCCAUGUGUGCUGUUGACCUCCACUAAGCUCGUGUAUUGCACUUACCCCUGUGUCCUCCCUCUCGCCGGCUCUCUGUGACCCUUGCGGGGACUAAUGACCUCUGACUCGAAUUGUAAAUAUUUUUUGUUGCCAUGGCUUCUGAUGGGCCAGCUAGAAAAAAAGAUGGAUGGCAAGUAUUUCAUUUCCAUCGUUUCAGAAUGAAAGAAUAAAGUUUGUAAAUUUGCAAA